ACGUGCCAAUGAAACAUGGAUGGUAAAUAAAUAGAUCUAAAUUCGAAAUGAUGAACGACAUUGCAUUAGAUACGUGGACCAAGAAUGGAGAAACAACAGGUCUACUUCUUCGUAGAAACGUUAAAGACACAAAACCGCUUCAUAACUAUAAAAGUCAAUUUUUGGUUAUUUUCGUAAUAUUUUCGGUUCUGAUUAUCACAUUCAUGGUAUCAGUUAUCAAUUUUUGGUCAGACGAUGACCAGUAUAUCCAGUCACUGGACACAAUUAUCAAAAGUAAAGAUCACUUCACUAUGAAAAACAACKAUUAUUUCGACCUAUGUGCGCCGAUUGUUUCGUGUGAUUAUAAUGACAAAUACAGAACUAGCAAUGGAACGUGUAACAAUCCAAACAAUCCAAUUUGGGGUUCAUCAAACACCCCAUUCAUCAGACUUGUCGACGCACACUACAGCGAUGGGGUCUCUAAAUUACGCACAUCAUUCGAUGGUAAACCAUUGCCGAGUGCAAGAGAAAUUCAAGUGAAGCUGUUUUUAAAUAAACAAAUAAGAAUUCCAGACAAGCAUAACCAACUACUAAUGCAAUGGGGACAAUUCGUGGCUCACGAUGUUUCUAAUUUAGCGAUUGAUACAAAUGGAGAAGAUUGUUGUGAUGYAUUUAAAAAUAAAGCGUGGGUUUCAAGAGAAUGCGAAGCUUCUAUCAAAAUACCAAUAGACGAUCCCGUAUACUCAAAAUACAACUCAACGUGCAUGAAAUUUAAUCGGGCGAUUACAUCAAACAACUAUAACUGUCCCUUACAACCAUUGACGUUUAUAAACGAUGCUUCACAUUUUAUUGAUGGAUCUCAAAUUUAUGGUUCUAAUGAUUACGUUGUAUCAACACUGAGAUCAUUUACUGGAGGGACGUUAAUUUCUGUUCUUGAGAAUAGCCAGGAGUUCUGUCCACAUUCGUCUUUUGAAACUUCAGAUAYUAACAAAUAUUUUUACAAAUCUGGAGACUUACGUGCAAACUUGAACCUUGGAAUAGCACUAUUUCACAAUAUGUUUUUAAGAUUCCACAAUUUCGUAGCGUUUAAACUAAAAACUGGAAAUGCUUUGUGGUCUGAUGAAAAGUUAUAYCAAGAAUCUCGCAGAUUUGUUGGUGCAAUUAUCCAACAUAUUACAUACACACAGUUUUUACCAAUAAUUUUAGGCAAAAAUUAUACGAAGGACAAAAUACUUGACAGUAACAAUAAAUAUGAUCCUACUGUUGACGCGUCAACUUCCCAAGAGUUUUCAACUGGUGCAUUUCGUGUACUCCACAAUAUUGUACCAGCUCAACAUAGAUUUAUUGAUUCAAAUUCCACAACUGUCCAAAUAGUCAAUGUUACAGACUGGAUGAACUGCCCGUAUCUCUUACAACAAGGCUCAAAUUAUGACCACUUACUUCGAGGUUUAUUAAGUACGGAAGGACGUAUGAGUCAACCAUCAUACAAUCCUUUGAUUUCUAACUUAAUGUUUCAUUCAAACAAUUCGGUUGGCGUGGAUCUCCUAUCGUACGAUAUCCAAAGAGGACGUGAUACCGGUCUCCCCCCCUACAAUAAAAUGAGAGAAUUAUGUGGAUUGCCUGUUGCUAAGUCAUUUAGUGAUUUGAUUGAUAUUAUACCAAUAGAUGACAUAUAUCAUUUGGAGACACUUUACUCCUCUGUGGAUGACAUAGACUUUAUUGUAGGRGCUUUGUUGGAGACGCCAGAGAAUGAUGCUUUAGUUGGAAAUACCUCGCGAUGUAUUAUUGGUGAUUUUUUCUAUAGGUCACGAGUUGGUGAUCGAUUUUUCUACGAUAACAAAGGGCAAUCUGGUCAAUUUUCUAAAUAUCAACUUGAAGUACUUAAAUCUAUUAAUUUGGAUCACAUUAUAUGCGCUACUUCGUCCGUUGAUAACUUACAAAAAAAUAUUUUCAUUAAAGUUGACAAUGGAUGGUAUUCUUCAAUGAAGUGGAGUUGCAAUGAAAAAUACAUGAUAGAUUUUAAACCCUGGGAAGAAGAACUGUAUGAUUAAAGUUUCGCUGAAAUCAAUCAUAAUUUCUUCAUGUAAUUUGUGUCUCUUUCGUAUCUUCUAACUCGUAUCUAAACGAAUUCAUAAUUUUAUAUUAUAGUCUUAAUUUAUUUCCUGUAGUUUUCAUAUAGGUAUUACU